AUGAAGAAGAGAAGCCUCUUUUCAAGUAAAAAUCGCCACAUAAAGAAUAAAAACUACCUUCGGAAGAAAAACAAAUAUUUCACUGACCAAAAAUUUCUUCGAAAGUUUAAAAAGUUUGCAAAAUCUGAUGAGCCAAAGAAGGAGUUAGUUCGGAUGUCCCAUGGGGAGGAAAAUCCUGACGUCGCCACACUGACGUCGCCAUACUGA